ACUACUCCGUACUAUGCGUACCGACUCCGAGCUUUUACCCCACGCGUGAACUAUGCUUGACAACCUCCGCCAGAAGCCAAUUUUAGUGCGUAACUUAGUGAGGGGGAGGACAGCUUAGGCCGGUUUUGCAAGGCCUGGCUGGUAUGGAUGGGAAAGCAUGUCCUCCUGAUGUUGCUGCAGGUAGUACAAAUAGCAGCCUUCAUCAGCCGUCGUAUGGAAAGGCCUCGAGAAAGCUUUAUCGCAGUUCUCUGGCUUUGCAAAGCUUUCGCAAAGCAAAAAUUCCUCAUACCUAGAUAGCAACCGCCAUUACCGGUAAUCAAAUCAAUUUUCUCGCUGGUAAUUAGAAUGGGUAGUGUUGGGCAAACGUUUGUGGGCUCCAUCGACCAAGGGACGACCAGCUCGAGGUUUCUCAUUUUUAACCCAGCGGGAGAUGUUGUUGUGUCACACCAGCUGGAAUUCCGGCAGAUAUAUCCUCAGCCUGGCUGGCACGAACACGACCCCUUGGAAAUAGUGUCAUCCGUUGAGAAAUGUAUAGACGGGGCUGUGGCUUCAUUUGAAAGUCAGGGCCACAGCAUCAAGACCAUAAAAGCCGUUGGCAUUACGAACCAGCGAGAAACAACUGUUGUAUGGGACAGAGAAACCGGGGAACCGCUCUACAACGCGAUUGUAUGGACAGACACUCGCACCCAAGCGCUUGUUCGCAAGCUGAAGAAACGCCUUGGAGCCAAUGACCUGCAAGCUCUCUGUGGACUUCCCUUGUCGACCUACCCAUCUGUUGGCAAGCUACUCUGGAUUAUCGAGAAUGUACCCAAGGCCAAAGAAGCCUAUGAAAAGGGAACGCUUGCCUUUGGAACUGUUGACACAUGGCUCGUCUACAAGCUCAACGGCGGAACCGAGAAAAAUAUCUAUGUCACCGAUCCUUCAAAUGCAUCACGAACAAUGUUUAUGAACAUCAAAACACUUCAGUAUGAUGAACAGCUCAUCGAGUUUUUCCGCCUAGAUCGCGACAAAGUCCAUCUUGCCAAAAUAAUCCACUCCUCAGACCCAGAGGGAUACGGCUCCCUAGCAUCCACUGUCCUCAAGGGCUUUCCGAUCACAGGCUGCCUAGGCGAUCAAUCUGCUGCACUUGUUGGACAAAAGGGAUUCACUCCUGGCCUCGCGAAAAACACCUAUGGCACAGGGUGCUUCCUGUUAUACAACAUAGGAGAAACCCCUGUCAUAUCCAAACACGGCCUCCUCACAACCGUCGCCUUUGACUUCAAUGGAAAAGUUAUGUAUGCACUUGAAGGGAGCAUUGCUGUUGGCGGGUCCAGUGUUAAAUUCUUAGUGAACAACUUUGGCUUCAUUGACAAUUCUAGUGAUAUUAGUGCGCUGGCAGAAACCGUGGAGGACAAUGGUGGCCUGGUGUUUGUAACAGCCUUUAGUGGAUUGUUUGCGCCCUACUGGAUGGAUGACGCGCGUGGGACUAUGUUUGGAAUCACCACAUUCACAAAUCGUGGGCAUGUGGCUCGCGCGACGCUUGAGGCGACCUGUUUCCAGACUAAGGCCAUCCUUGAUGCCAUGGAGAAGGAUAGCGGGCAGAAAUUGACAGAGCUGGCGGUGGAUGGAGGUAUGUGUAAUAGUGAUUUGACAAUGCAGACACAAUCCGAUAUCAUUUCUAUUCCGGUGUAUCGACCGGCAAUGCGCGAAACCACAGCUCUGGGUGCGGCUAUUGCAGCAGGAUUAGCGGUUGGUGUCUGGGAAGGGCUUGAAGAGCUACGGACCGUAAACACUGAUGGCCGGACGGUGUUCACACCUGACAUCUCCAAGGAAGAGGCUGCCAGCAAGUUCUCGAGAUGGGAGAAGGCUGUGCAGAUGUGCAAAGGCUGGGCUAACUGAGACCUGUUAACGUAUUCCAUGGCGCCUUUGGCAAGGUUUGUGACAGGGGUGAUGAGUUUUGCCCACUCUCAGCAAGUUCUGUUUUCUUUUCUCUUUUUCUCACCCCCGAGCCGAUACGCAGCUUGAGGUAACUUACCACAAUGCCAAGUUUUUUUUUUUUUUUUCUUUUUCAUUUUGUGUAAAUUCUCAGGGGCUUGAUAAUCUACUACCAGCAUCUAGUAGUUGCUUCGUCAUACUUCUUUCUAAUACUUAUCAAAAACAAUUGCCAGAAUAGCCCCACACGUAAGAAACAGUAAAAAACGUAGGGGCAGCAAAACGUGGGACUCCCCAAUGCCUUUGCUUAUUGAUACCGAUGCUCAAGCAGGAUCCAUCACAUGCUUUUGUUAUUCGCACUCGAUGCGCAUUGUCAAGUUCAUGCAUAAUAGCUGAGGAUCAUGGUGCCGGGAUCCCCUAGUUAAUUGUUGGAUGAGAGCGUCGGGUUGGAGUCCGGAGCUUCGGUCUUGGAAGCAGUCUCGGAACAAGUCGAACUCCGAAAAUCAUAGGGCUAGCUUCUAAGAUUGAGCCAAAUGGGAUCUUGGAAUCUCGUUCUUAAGGUUGCUAUGAACCGACCAACAUCCGUAAUAUAUAAAAAUUGCAGGAUAUGAAUUGUGCGGUACAUGGACGUCAUCCGUACAUGUUUCUUCCCUAUUUUAUUGAGACCCUCGAAUAUUCCAGAAAUCCUAGUAUAGUUAAUCGCUGCCGAUUGGCUCGCAAAGUUUUGCCUCCGUUCUUGCUUAGCGUCCGCACUUGUUUAUGCUGCUACAUUUUGUGACAAAGAAACCGAAAUGGUUCCGAUCAACGCCUGCAACCCCACCCCGGGCAUAGUCAAUAAGCGCAGAGGAGGUGUGGGGUAAAAGGAUCGUCCACAACAAGGGAAUCUCCCCCACUCUUCUCAAUAUCAAUGAAGUUUUCGGUAGACUGAAUGUCUAAAAGAACCAAAUACGAAGACCGAGUGGCUUGCAGUUAAUAAUGUGAGCUGCGUUUAACUAUGAUAAGUUUACCUAAUACCCCAAGAAACGAUGAGUUCCGGGCCCAUUACCCCUAAUCCUGCGGGGGCUGGAAGGCAAGCCAAUCGGGGUCUGAGCGAGAAUACACGAAGUUUGUGGAUACAAAAUGGGUUUUCGGCCGCGACCAGUUUUCGACGGGGUUAUUGACCGACUGCUCAGACUCAGCACUAGUGGGGGGAAGUGAAUGGGGGUGGUUUGCAACUGCCACGGAUGUGCGUGGAUAGUUGAAGAAAUCGAAGACCUCGUAAUAUUCGAGCUCGUUUGGUGCGGGAACUUUUACGGAUGGUGGUUGGAGAGCUGAUGCGGAUCUUUGGGAGAGGAGAAUGCUGAGGUCGUAUGCGUUUCUGUGGAGAAAUAUUAGCUCUGUUCUAAUGUGUAUAGCUUGGAGGUUUAGAGAAGAAUUGUGAGCUCACCGCCGCAUAUCUAUGAGCGACUUAGGACCCAACAAUUGGGGAGAAUGUGAGGAAGCAGAUGUAGAUGGAGUCAUUGCCACGGCACGUUUGGCUUCUUGACACUCUCGUAAUAUGCGCUCUAGAAUCUGGGCGUACUUCCGUGCGACACCCCAAAACUGUCCCAUUUUCUCUAGUGUUGACAUGAAAAACCAAAUGUUGACAUUAAUAUCGGUAUUCGUGACCGAGGCAUCAACCAACAACACCCUCGCUGACACCCACAGCGAAAAGGCAAAGUGAGGGCCGAGAAGAUCCAGCAUCCCCGUAUUAACGACAUCCUGCACGAUCUCCCGCAAACUCUCAACCGCGGCAAUACAGCGUUGCAUCGCAUUAAAUGACUGGUAGAAGAUAUGCGAACGCACUGUUGGGUAGGCAGCGCACGAAUGGAGUCGUAAAACGGAAAUCACGAAGGCUGCAUGGAGCAUGAUCCAAUUAGAUAUCCUGCUAGUCGGACUUGAAUGACAGAGUUGAGAAAUCCGACUGUAAUCAUCUGGUAAAUUAUAAAGCCACCUGUCAAGCUCGCGGUCAAGUUCACGAUAUGUAGCUUGCCAUCUCUCGACGUCUGCAGGGGAGGCAACAUCGAUGGGAUGGCGCAGGAAUUUGUGGAUACGGCUUAGAAUCCGUAGAACUUCACAAUGAUAGGAGAAGCUACCCAGAUUCUCGGGGUGGUUCACGGUAAUCUCCGAUCGCUCGGGUCCAAUAAACCGCCUGGUUUCAACCGCCUGGUUUUUGGAAAAUAAGUCGUACCUGCAAGGUAAUGACCGAUCUAUUUGCUGUUCAUCGAGCGUAAAAUCAGAUCCCGCAUCGACACACGCAUAUCGAUCCAGGAUAUAAGUCAUCCAAAACAGUCGCCUCCGCCCUUCACUUUCAAGCCAGGAGGUUGGUUGAGGCAGGGCGAACUCCUGCAAUGUACCGGGCGAUUGAUAACUAGGGGGACCAAGAGUCACUCCCCGCUCCGUCCCAAGCCCAAGUUGUAUGACAUUCC